ACAAGAAAGAGGGAGAAAGAAAAAAGUGGGCUAGAUGAAGGGAGAUGAAAAGAGAGAGAGAGGGGGAGAGAGAGAGAAAGAGCAGUAGCAGGGAGUCAGGCAUGCAUAGAGGAGGAUGGGGCUGUACAGAGGGAGGGGACACUUUUUUCAGCAAGAAGAAAAGAGGAAGGUGGAAGGCGAGUGCGCCUCAGAGAAAAAGAAGACAGAACUGAAGUACGAGACGUCUGCUGGAAAGGACGGGCUGCGCUAGAGGGGACCACGCAACAAAACUGAUUUUCUACAGAUUCACAAUGACUUUGGCGUCAAACUUUACCCUCUUCCUGAUGGCCUUCAUGGUGGACUUCCUGUGGGCCACCACUGUGAGCCCCUUAGCGUCUCAAUCUCCGUUAACAAAAAUUCACAUCAUCUACAUUGAAGAUGAUUAUGACUAUGGCGAAGGAACCCCUCAGCCCAAGCCUAACUCGAGUCUUCCUCGGUUAACCACUGCCCAAUCCACCCCACAGGCGUGUGACUAUGACCUCUGUGUGGUGCAGGACGUUCCCUGCUUUAUGCUCUCCACCAAGACCAAGUGCUACUGUCCUGGGCUUACAGGCCCAGAACAGGUCCCUGAACCCCCACAGCUGCGGGAGUUGAAGCAGAGGGCGUCUGGGGAAGUGGAGGUCUACUGGUGCGCCCCGCUCUCUACCAUAACGCACUACAAGGUGGUGAUGGACGACGAAGAAGGCCAUGGGCCAGUUUUUUCUGAGUUGUCCCGGAACGGAACAAUCCAGGGACUGAAGGUUGGGUCCCGGGUGUGUGUUGUGGCUGUCAAUAAUGCUGGAUUCAGCGUCAAGAACGACAGGUCAUGUGCUCGCUUUGAGCCACAACAGACCAGCCAGGCUGCCCUCAUGUCAGGGGUAAUCGUGGGGUGCAUCGGCUUCCUUGUACUGCUCUCAUUGGCUGCGCUGUUAUUAUGGAGACGAAAAUCUUGCAAGAAGAGUGGGACUUUGGAUGGGGUGGGGCUCCGGAAUCCCACAUACAGUGCUAACGAGACAAUAUGAUUGGACAUGAGAGGGACAGCAAAGAUGCUGUGAUGGACUGAAUGAAUGAUGGCGCACUGUGAUUGGACGGUGAAAGGAGCGAGAUAGUUAGACCGAGGGAAUGUUUCAGGACAUUAAAGACAAGCUAACAUGGAAUAUUAAAGAGUAGAACAGAGCACUACUAAGAAGUUAAAUGAUGUAUUGCACCACUGUGUGAAUGACCGAAUACAUACACUACAGGCCAAAAGUAUGGAGGCACUGGUUGCACUGUAACGGUGUUAUUGUUUACUAGAGUUCAUUAUACCAAUUACUUCACAUUGUAAUGAUCACUCAGCUUUAGAACCACUCUAAAGUCUUUAUAAAACGUGCAGGGGAGGCAAAGAGUGACCUAGUUAACGGAAACACAAAACACUAUCCUAACAAAACAUGUUAAAUGCAUUUAAAUGUAAUCUUUAUGGUGAGAAUAUUUGCUAUCACAAAAAUGACCUGAAAAUGAAAUGAACUGUAGGUGAAGAAAUAAAUUUAUCAACUGAAACGAACAAAAUAGCAAGGUAAACAGGGAAGCUCCGCCCACAGCAACUGCCAUAAAUGAUGAUUGGAAGUAUAGCUUCUUUCUGAAGGCCCUCUAGUGGCCAUUUCUCAUUCAAAUAUUUUUUUAAUUAUUACAAUUCAAUAAAUACUGUUAUCAGAUUACCUAGGACACUGUACCGCUGUGUUUGAAAUGUUGAGCUGCUAGUGAGCAAUGAGGUGUGGGAAUAGCAGUUUAUGGCUACUGUGUAAAAGGGUCGGAAGAGUGCCGUGCUUACACACCCCUAAAACACUGUAUUUAAAUAUUUAUAAUAUUUAUUAAGCCAAAGUUUAGGCAAUCAGUACAAAAACAUGUUUAUUGACAUCUGGUUCAACCAAAGAAGUUCUUCUAAAACAUUCCAUUGGUUAACAAAGCUGUACUCUUACUCUAUUAUAUGGCAAAAGCCUAAGCCUGGACUAAAAAUGAUUUCAAAAGGUGAUUCAUCAUCACAACUGCAAUUUAGACUAAGACUAGGCCUAAUCCAUGUCUAGGAAACGAGACAUGCCUGUAUGAGUUAAUCAAGCCUUCAGGAGCAUCGUGAAUGGUGGAUUUAGGUGGAUCUGAUUAGAGCUGAAAUAAUACCCUGCAGGGGAAUCGGCCGAAGCUAAACAAAAUGAGAAGUAGAAGACUUUAAAGCCACUAUUUACAGCUGAAGUAGUUUUACAAAGUCAGUGUUGCUUCCAAACUUUUGGCCUGUAUUGAAAUACUGCUUUAGGCCCAUCACACACCUGCUGAAAGCUACUCUACAUGCUCCACAUGUUUCAAAACAGUUUUAAUAAAAAAUGUGUACGUUGUUUGUAAUGUUUAAUUCAACUAAUGGUGCUGGAGCACCAGGGAAGCCUGGCGCUUCUUUAAGGUUUUAUAUAGUAUUAGUUUUACAGUUUGUGUUUAAAGUUGUGUAGAUGCACAGAAUUGUUCAUUAUGUUUUUUUGCACAACUAACAUUUUUAAAAUAAACUUGUAUUUAACUGCG